UUUGAAGCGAAAUGUGCUACGUACAAAGCGAUAGACGCUCGGGUGAUUCACCAUGACAAUCAUCUGAUACGCAGUGGAUCCUGCAGAAAGAUUCAGUGCGUGCAGAACGUUAGUCGCUUUCUGGUUUUGAUGAAGAUCUGAUCGUUCCGAGAAAGAUGAACCAGCGUGAGUGCUUCCUUAUUUUAUGUUUUCUGUGUUUGAUGCAGUUUUCCGAUACAUCCUACCAAUGUGGAAUCAGACUACACGGAUUGCGUCCACUGAUAAAAGACGGUAGGCAAGCAGAAGAAGGUCAGUGGCCAUGGCACGUAGCAGUGUUCAAUCGAUUGAAGAGUACCGAUCGGUUCAAGUAUGGCUGCGGGGGCACUUUGGUCAACGAAAAGCACACCCUGACGGCAGCUCAUUGCGUCAAACGUUUAGCCCGUGGCCAUCGACCACCAGUUUUGUACGAGAUUGAGCUUCAUUUCGGUCAGCAUAAUCUUUCGAAGUUGAGUGAUAACGUUGUGGUCCGCGACGUUAGUAAAAUACAUGUGCACCCGGAAUAUGAGCCAAAUAAGAAUGACAUCGCUAUGCUGGUGAUGCGAUUGCCAGUGGAGUACUCCGAUACCGUGAUUCCGAUUUGUCUGGACCAGGAAGUGGACCGUGAAUUGCAAGCGUUAGAAAGUAAACCCGGAUGGAUCGCAGGGUGGGGAAUGACGGAGAACGGGACCAUUUCGGAUGUACUUCGUACGGCUUCGCUGUCCAUGGUAAGUCAUCUGACGUGUCUGCAGAACGACCCAAAUCUGUUUGGUAAUUGUUUGAACGAAAAAGUUUUCUGCGCUGGAAAUAAAACAGGUAGCAGUCCUGGACCGGGAGACAGUGGCGGCGGCAUGUACAUCAGUGAUGGCGAUCGUUGGCAGCUCAGGGGAAUUAUUUCCUUUGGAAAAUUCAACGAGUUGAAGAAAUCAAUUGAUACCUCCAAGUACAUCGUGUUCGUUAACGUACAAUGGUACUUAACAUGGGUUAAGGAAAUUUUAGAAGAGAGUGAACCUAGCCUGGACAAGAGACAAAAACGAAUAAGCGAGCUAGAGUGCGACCGAUUCCAAACACUGACGAAAAAACGACCCAACGGUGAUUGUUUAAACAUAUAUAUGCACAACGUGAUGGUAAUUAAACCAAAUACCACUUUUACGAAACGGUGCAAUGGUGUCCUGGUAGAUGAGUCACAUGUCAUAACCACUUGCAGCUGCGUUCGACCAAAAGGCGAUGCACGAUACUUGCCAGCAAAAGUGCAAAUCGAAGCGUACGGAGAAGUGGACGUUGCGGAAAUGAUAUGUCAUCCGAAACAUACCGAUCACAGCCAACACUACGACUUAGCCAUUCUGAAACUGGAUGCAACGCUUAUGCUCAGUAAUACCCGGAUCCCAGCUUGUUUGGCUAAUAACUGGACGGAAAAUCUAUACGACAUUCUUGUGCAGACGUCCUACGUAACUAAUAGGUUUGAUAACCACAAGAUUCUCGUUGAGUUGAACGAGAACAAAAUAUCCCUGUAUGAAAAAUGCAAAUCACUGCAUAGACCCGAGUGGUUCAACAGGUCUGAUCUUAUCGGGGAGCUGUGCGUCAACAGUACUGAUCAGUUGAUGUACAAUGCCUAUCAUGAGUUGACGUCCAGUUAUUCAUCAGGUGCAGUGCUACAGACAUCCAACAGGCAAUCGUGUAUAUCCACUGCGGUGGGCCUAAAAGUUCACAUCGAAAAAACCGAUGAAUAUUCCUUUCAGUAUUGGAUGGGAAUUUAUGCUCGAAUUGCCUACCAUUUGGACUGGCUUGAGCAGAACAUCUGGAAUGGACAAUCCGAAGAUUUCGGUCAAAAACAACUGUCGGAUCGGUCGUCUGCGGCCACCGCCACGGUCGCGAAAGUGGUGUUCUGCGCUUUCGACUUGCGGAAGUGUCCCAUCCGCCAGCUGCUAAGGAUGGCUUGGCUUGCGAUGGGCAAGUGCUGCAGCGUAGAUGAAGUUUGCUGCUAA